UUUUUCCCCUUCUCUCUACAGCUAUGUGGCAUUGCUCUUAUAGGAUUGGGUAUCUACUUGCAGAUCCAGCUUAACAGCACUAUAGUUAUUAAAAAUGUCGCCUCUUCUGGUGCUCCUAUAGUAAUCAUUGCUGUUGGAGUUAUCAUCUUUUUCAUCUCUUUCUUUGGAUGCUGUGGUGCGGUUAAGGAGAACUACUGCAUGGUGACAACGUUUGCAGUACUGCUUGUCCUGAUAUUCUUGGUAGAGAUUGCUGCUGCCAUCGCUGGAUAUGUUUUCAAGGAUCAGGUUCGAACAGCUUUUGAUCAGUCCUUCAGGGAUGGUAUGAAGGAUUAUAACAAAACCAAAGAGGCAGCUGAUGGUAUUGACACUUUGCAGAGAGAUUUUAAAUGCUGUGGUGCCAACAGCUCUACUGACUGGAAAUCCUAUUCUAUAUUCAAUGGAACUACUAAUGUACCAGAUAGUUGCUGUAAAAACAUCACACUCGGCUGUGGAAAGAAUCCUAAAGAUGCUGAUAUAUACACAAAGGGAUGUGUUGAGGGGGUGCAGGCCUGGAUUAAGAAUAAUGUAGCCAUUGUGGCAGGAGUUGCUCUCGGGAUUGCCUUCUUUGAACUCCUUGGAAUAAUCUUUUCUUGCUGCUUGAUGAAGGGAAUCCGCAGUGGAUAUGAAGUCAUGUGAUCACUGCUGGGGAGGAUUAUGCUGUGAUGUCACUUCCUGUGCUGUCAUAGUGAAACAGAGGGGCAUAUGCUAUAUAAGCAAUGUAAAUGGCACUUUCCAUUCUCUGCUUUGACUUGGCGGGACAUGUCGUCACUUCCUGUGUGCUAUAAAUACUUUUGCACCACCAAUUCAUUUGUUUUUAUUUUUUAUAAAUAUAUAUAUAUAUAUGGUUAAUGUGUUGAGCAGAAUCUUUUUCUUUCUUUCUCUAUUUUUAGAUAAUGGUUUCUUUCUGCUUCUGCACAUUCUUCAUUUAAAACAAUGACUUUAAUAUCUAAAAUCUUUUUAUAUUUCUUGUCCUUUCCACUUGAAGUGUAAACUGUUGUAUAAAAUGCAAAGCUACAUCCAUGCUGAAAAUGAUACAUAGUUUGGUUAUCAAUAAAUGACAUAUUUAUUUGUAAUCCAUUUAUUGCCACAUUCCUUGUAACAAAUUAUGCAUCUUUAGAAGGUGUGUGCAACAUGCUGAUAACCAUCUGAUUCAACGCUCCUCUUGCCAUCUGAAUCACAGCUCCUCUUGACAGAAUCUUACAAUAAAAUAAAAAGGGUCAUUUAGAGUGGGGACAUUUUUAAUUGUUAUACAUGUAGAUUGUAUUCCAAUAGUGCCUUCUUGCUAUGUUAAUGCUAAUAGUGGUCAUCUCAAUAGAGAUGGCAUUUUUCUUACAGCUACAAAAAGUACUUGUAUAGUUUAUAUGCAUAAAAUGUGCCAUAAGUCUCUCAGGGGAUGUACAUGAUGGCUACAACCAAGAAUUAAGGGGAAUCUGCAUUUGAGAGUAGGUGAUUUGAUCAAAGUGAGUGAAAGUUUUUAUUUUUUCCUUCUCUGUUUCUGGUCCAAUAGGCAUAUUAGUUUGUCUCCCUUUUUGUUUUUGAAAACCAGAGGGUAACAUCUCUCCACCAGUUAAGUCUGUCAGGCCUAUAUCUAGGUGACCAUUUUGUACAGAAAAAUGCCCAAAAAUAAAGUGAUCGGAACGGCACCAA